AAUAUCCCAGCAUCCAGUCCUCUACCUCCCACCUCUUGAAAAACAAAAUAUCUACCGUAUUAGCAAGGGCUCAUCUCGAAGUCGCCGUCAUGUUUCGACCAACAGUUUUCUCCGCCCCCCUCCUGCUACUUCUGGUUUGCUGCUGCAGUGCAACUCUAUCUCAGGCAACAAGUACAGCUUCCUUCGAAUCCGCAGUUCCCGUUAGCUCUUCUGCCGCUUCUACUACUUCAAUAGGGGCAGAUGGGAACAGCAGUAUCUCGCAAGGGAGCUCGUGCCCUCUGCGAUACCACGAUUGUGCAGUGAUCGGCCAACCGAAUGUUUGCUGCACUCUUGACCAAGUUUGUAUCAACGACGACUCGGGGCAGCCAGCCUGCUGUCCAUUCCGCACGAAAUGUGUAGGAUCAGUGAGCAGCAUUCCUUCCAGUGGCCCAACAAAUGCAGGCCUUAUGCUGGGGCUCAAUGCUCUCCUUACAGCGGGAGCCGCCGCGAUAUACUUGGCCAAGGUCUGCCCACUAUGAUAAGAGUCUCCUCCAAAGGGAGAGCCGGCAUGGUAUCUGGAUAUAGUUAGCGAUUUCCAACUUAUUUCUUUCUGUUCGAUCUUCGACAUUGUACAUAUUGUUUGCACUUCACGCAAACAUCCCCCGAUAAUAAAUACAGCACUACUCUCCAUUGAUGCCUCAUUUCGGUACCUUCUGCAGCCGACCAGGGAUCACUGCAUUCAACCUUCUUAUGCACCGGUCUCCAUUAGUGGCCCAAUCCUCGUUUAAUAUUGGGAUCACAAACCUUUUGAAGCUUACCAGUCCCCAUCCACCAAUCCUCAAGUUCCCCUCCCGAGAUCACCUGUCUUGGCACUAGCCUUAAACUUGGUCCUCCAUGGGUUCCUCCCCCUCCCGAAAACCCUAUUCCGAAACAAUACCUCCCCACCAAGCUCCAUAUCGAGCACCCCACCCCGACACCCGACAAUCAUAUUAUGGCUUCUAUUCUUAAUAAUACCCGAGAA